UAGAAGAUGGCGGUUUUGACAUUUAUGUGUGUCAAGGUAACUUGUCAAAUAAAAUAAAAUUUUACAAGUUUUAAUUGGAAGCAUUAAAACGGAUCUAAACUAGUCUAGAAAUCGAAGACGGUGAUUUAUUGUAUUCAUUGAACUACGGCCAUAUUUUGUUCAAAAUGUGUGAUCAAGUAUAAUGCUUCUUCGGACUUCUAGGGGCUACGAGGUUCCCAACCGUCGUCAGUCAUUUUAUCCAAAUUAGGACUCUUCCACGAUUGGCGUGUCGUUUAGAGAAAUGCCAGGGACGUGAAAUUUGUGUGUGUUAUAAUUAGUGUUUGUCUCGAGAUGGGCGACAAGAUGAACGGAGAAUAUUUCCCUCCUGACACUGCAACCUUCAAUUACAACAAUGUGACGGGCGGCGGAGACAGCGCCAGCGGCGGCUCGGGCGGGUCGGGCAUGGAAUGCAUGCAGCUGCGCUCCCAGCCGGAACCCUUCCACUACCUCAUCUCGGAGCAGGCUAAGUCUCUCGUUGCCCUACAGGAACUCCAGAAUGAGGUCGGAGCUUUGCUCGAGUUCCGCGAUCUCGUCAUCGAGACAUUCCCGAAUCUUCGGUCGAAGAUGGCACCGUCGACUCCCGCCAGUGGGACCCGCCGCGACUGGGAGCCCGGCGUGCGCGUGCGACGCAAGCUGGCCGGCGGCGGCGGCGACGCGACCCGCACCAAGCCGCAGCCCUCCGUCCAAGAUUCCGGCUUCAGCACCGAGACCUCCUGCGGGAAAGACGCUCAAUCAUCAUCCGCCUCCCGAUCUCGCCCGCUCGAAGACGAGCUGUGGGCACUCCUGGACGUCAUACAAAGGAAAGGCGUCAGAUUACGGGACGAAGCGGAGUUGCUACGAGGCGAGCUCGACGAAAGACCCUCGGGCGAUACGGCGGAGGAAUCGUUCGCGAGAGCGCUGUCGGGCUGCGGAGAGUGUUCGGACGUGAGACGACUGCGCAGCGAAAGAGAUGCGUUGCUCACCAGAGCGGCCCAGCUGGAGGCCGAGGCGGCCGCCACGCCGCCGCGCGCGGCCUCGUCGCCGCUGGGCCGGCUGGACCGCGCGCUGGACACGCCGCCGCGGCCCCCGCGUGUGCCCACGCCGGAUUCCAAGAAGUUCGCGGCGAUUCUCCAAGAGAGCAAUCCCGUGGAACUUCAAAGACAACUCCUUAGCUCCACCGUACAGAAUCAGGUGUUACGCGAAUGGAUGAGCCGCGCUGUAAAGCAGCGCGCGACAUUACUCGAGCGGCUGGAGCAGGCGCGCGAUCUAAACGAAGACCUCAAAUUUCGGUUAGAAGAGAAGAGCGUCGAAUUAGACAGUGCAAAAAGUCGCGUGCGGCAGUUGGAGGGAGAGAGGGAGGUCUCUAGGACGCCGCCGUCGCCCGCGCCGGCUCCGCCCGCCACGCCCACCACGCCGCUGAGCCGGCUCGGGCUCGGGCUCGGGCGCGGCCGCGCCAGCCCGGAGCGGCGCUCGCACAGCAGCAUGCGCGACAUGCAGCCGCUGCCCAUGCCGGAGCAGGAGCCGCGCUCCACGCCGGACACGCCGCGGCGGCGGCCGUCGCGCAUCCCGCUGCACACGGCGCACAAGGGCGCGGCGCCGCGGCCGCCGUCGGCCGCGUCGGCGCGCUCGGGCGGCUCGCGCGGCCGCCCGUCGCUGCCGCCCGCGCCGCAGCCGCCCCAGCGCCGCCCGCAGCCGCCCCACGAGAACAAGGUGCGCGCCCUCCUGGAAUACAUGUUCCAAUUCCAAAGAUUCCGGCCGAAAGUUACCGAUCCCAAACUAACCGUGUCGUGUACUCGGCGUGCGUCGCGCGAGUCCGAGCCGGAGUUGUGCCCGGACUCGCUCAACUUCGUCGUGUCGGAGUCCCGGGUGGGGAUGGUGGCGGAGUACCUGGCGCGCUCCGAGCGGCUGUUCUCGCGCCUGCGGCCGCGCUCGCGGCCCGCGCCGGCCGCGCUGCCCGACUACCGCCUGGCCUACGACUCGCCCCACAACCUGGCCCUGGAGCUCACCAAAUCCAUCCUCUACGAAUCCGCAGACCGCAUCGACACCACAGUCAAGUCCGUCAGUUCUGGGGAUUCGCUUUGGAACGGCAGGCCUCAGCAGUAUUUCGAGAGCAUGAAUUACGCUGAGAAUGAUAACAGGAAUGAAACCGAUUGCGAUAAUGAUUCUUUAGCACCUUGAGAAUAUAACACUGAGUGUACUGUUACCUAGUUAAUUUUUGAGUCUUUCUGUUAGUAAAACCUGUGUCCGGACUCUCGCCUCGCAUUUGUAACGCCAUAGUGUAUUUCCAUUUUCAGAUGUAUCAUUCCAUGUAAAAGGCACUGUUAGAGACGUCUCGAGAGAUCUGUGAUAUGUCACGUUUUAUAAACCCGUCAUCGACGAUAACUUUUGUAGCGUUUUUGCAGGCGUUUUAAUGAACUUUUCGACUAAUGUGAGAGUCUUAUUGUUGUUACCUCUAACAAUUAUGAGACCCAUUUUACAAUGACUUUAGAUUCAAGUGUUUUUAAUUAAACAAAUUAAAUAUAAACUCUUAGAUAUUACAAGUUCUCCCCAAGUAAUAAUACUACGCAAUUGUACAUGGUUCCUUGUCUCCGCUUUGCUUUCCAUAAUGAAAUGGGAUGCUUGGAGAAAAAAGUAAAACACAUUUAUUAUUGCCAACUAUUAUUUGCUAAAAUGCUAUCAUAGUGACUAUUAAUAUACCUACUUAUUCAAAUAUUAAGCGCUUGUAUUUAUCUCUGAGAUACUCCUUGUAUAAUUAAACGAUUGUGCCGUAACGGUAGCUAUUUUACAUGUCACGUCAUUCCUAAGGCUAUAAGAACAGACUGUAACUAUAAAUAUAAAUUGAGUGAGAGCUUGGAACGACUGUAGCAAGGCUGUGAAACAAUUUGUGUGCUUGAAGUUGUGUUUCAUUUUCAUAGGGGGUAGGUAUCUUAGCAUUAUAGAUGUUACGGAAAUGGUUCACACGGUAAGCGUUGGGUGUAAGUAUCGAUUUAUUAUUUAUAUGUACUAUUGUUAUUUAAAAAAAAAUGUCCAGAUGUUAACGUCCUAAUGUCGCAUAGCACGGCUACCGUCGCGCAGUAGUGUGAGGUUAGUUUCAAUUAUAGGGUACUGUGCGACACGUUUCAUACGACAGCGCUCGGUAACAAAAUAGUAGGAGACUGAUUUUGUAUAAAUUAUUAAAAAAAUAGUGAUAGCGUAUACCAAGUUAGGGAAUUUCCUUUUAAUAAAGCCCUAUUAAUGCUUACUCUGUCAUUUUAUGUUAUUAUGUAAAAAUAUUGCCUACAUGUGAAUAAGUGUUACUGAAUUAGACAUUAAAAAUAUUCCAAUUCUGUAGUAUAUGACUGUAUUUUAUGUAACGUAAGAUUAAAUGUAGCCUGUAAAUUACCUAUUGAUAAUUAUUUAAGUCAACUCUUUAUUGUACAGCAAUCAAAGGCGAUGUUAAGGUUUUGUAAAUUAUUAAGCCACUACCUACCUACAAUUUAAGAUACUCAUAAAUUUAUCUAGUUGACUUGAAUCUAGUUGAUGACUUAUGUACAGCUGUACAGAAAUCAUAUCAUUAUAUACAAAUUAUUCAAUUAAAUUGUUCAUAUCAA